UUGGCUGGCUCCGGCCGGAAGUCGGUUCCGACCUGUGGCGGGUGCUAUCAACUGCAAAUAUGUUUGGGUCUGGAAGAUUGCUAGAUUUGUCCUCGCGCAUAUCUGACAUGACGCGAAACUUCGUGAUGCGUGUGGACGAAGAGGCCCGCUUACGUGUCACGCAAAAACGCAGUUUGUCAUGCGGGAGCGGGAUACGGAAGACACGGCAGCCCAAAACUUUGUCAUGUUCUUUGGCUGCGUAUUGCAGUGCGCAUAUCAUUCACUUCCAGCAUACAUAACUUUCCCGACCCAGACAUAUUUGCAAUGCAUAGGUGCUCGACACGGACAACGAUGAUGACAUCCAAGAAGACGAGUAUCCUGAGGAAAAACGUCCCCACCCCAGAAUCAAGAUGGGAAAGCUGCUAGACAAAUCAAUCAGCUUUGGGUAUUGCGCAUGACAAGCGUGGCCUCGUAAUUUAAUCCUGUUUAGCUAGUGCAGCAACAUUGCAUUGGCACAUCUAGCAUAUCGUUUUGAUUUGAGCAUCGCAUGCAAGGCGCGUUUGUGGUUUCGGUCGGUUUCAGUUUCACAAAUUCCACAACACGACAAGAAAAGGCUUCUCAUGUGGCUCCGCAUGAGAAACAUGAGAAGCAUGCAAAUUAAUUUGUAUGACAACUCUGGGGUGGGCACCCUUUAUUGCAUGACAACAAGAAUUUUCUUGGGGACGCCCUGCCCUUGGCCUUUGAAAAUGACAACCCUGGGCUGGGGACGUUUUUACACAGGAUAAGGAGUUCAAAAAAUUUGCAGGCAAGGAUGGUAUAAUGGACAUGCAUGACUGGAAAGUGGUGCAGGAGCAGGCGGAGAAGAUUCACAAGCACGACGUGGACCAGUACAACGUGGAUAUGCGGAAUCACGCGAUUCAAACUGCGCUCGGGAGCGGGGCGCUUUACUUGGGGAGUAAGUUGCACCAGAAGCGGAAAGCGGGGCAGGCGCAGGAGCGGGUCCGCGCGAAGGAAAAGCAGGACGCCCACCAACGAGAGGA